AUGUGUUCAGCUUCAGGGAUAGCUUGUUCAAACGAGGGGGAACGGGUUGAUGUAGCAAAAUUGACACGGGGAAUGGUUACAUCGCCCUGCUAUCAAUGCGUUUGCAAGGGUGGUGAAGUGGAAUGUGUUCGUGAGAAGUGCAAUUCAACAGAUGAUUGUCCAGUGGUUGAAUCGCCUCUUGAAGGAUCAUGUUGUCCGAAAUGUUUAACAUGUUUAUAUCUGGGUGUUGUUCGACAAAAUGAUGAACGUUGGAUUAGUUCACAAGACUCAUGCACACAGAUCGCAUGCAAAGCUGGUGUAAUAACAAGUUGGCGUAUACAGUGCGUUUCUGAAUGUCCGCAAGCACGUCGCAUCACUGGCUUUUGCUGUCGUUUGUGUGCGAAACCAAUUCAAACAGAUGAUCCGUGCAUCACGUGUGAUUUCGUACUUGGUCAAUGGUAUCACUGUUAUCGAGUUGCAUGUCCCGUACUUGACUGUCCCCUUUCUGAGCAUCGAACCCUACCAAAUAAAUGUUGUGCAGAAUGCAAAACGUAUCGCGUCUCUGAUACAGUUGUCAAGGCUGCCAACGAUCUACCAAAACUGUACUGUUCAUUUCGUGGUGGACGAUUCAGAGUUGAAGAAGUGUUUCGUACAGAUCCAUGUACCAGAUGCAUUUGUCAGCAAGGCGGUAUUUUUUGUCGAAGAUUCGCAUGCCCUUAUACGCAAUGUGAUGCAUCACGAAGUUUCUAUCGAGAGAAUGUUUGUUGUUCAUUUUGUCACAUUAAAGCUCGUCGCUGUCGAAUUCUUUCACCAAAUGGCACAAUUAAUUACGUACAGCAUGGUCAUCAAUGGAGAACAACGGAAUGCACGGAAUGUUCAUGUGAUAAUGGACGAAUUAUAUGUGCAAAGGAGAAAUGUAGAUGGAAAGGUAAAUGUCCUCGAGGGAGGCGAUUGAAGAAGGUCGAUGGAUCCUGUUGUCAUGAUUGUGAAUUGAGAGAAGGUACAUGUACGGUAUUCGGUGAUCCCCACUAUAUAACGUUUGAUCGUUUAGGAUACUCAUUCCAAGGUUCUUGCAGUUAUGUUUUAGCUCAGGAAUGUGCAUUGAGAGGUGAUGUGCCAGAAUUCAUUAUUAUCGCUCAUAAUGGUGGUCGUUAUAUGGCCGCGUGGACACGUCGUAUUUCAGUUCUUGUAUCACUGCAUAACGGCUCUUUUUUUGCCAUUCACUUAUUACCGAAUAAGGUUGUUCGUGAACGCGGUCGUACAGUUCAGUUACCGUAUAUUCGUCUUGAAGACUGGCCCGAAUAUAGAGUUGCUGAGGACCCGAGUAAAGGUCAUGUGGUGUUGUCGUUGAAUGUGAUCGGUGUUAAAGUGAUAUGGGAUGGUGAAUCAUUUGCCGAAGUGAUACUGUCAAAGAAGCAUCAAUCAAAGGUAUGCGGUUUGUGUGGCAACUUCAAUGGAAAUCCCGAUGAUGACCUCUGGCCUCAAUAUGGUAGCUCAGUGAGUUCAACAGUUGAUGAAUUUGCACAAUCUUGGCGUUAUGGUACGAAGUGUGCAUCUGACAACAAUCUUCUCUUCCUCAAUAACAACAGAAAAAAAGAGUGA